UAAUGUUGAUGGACCCUUUGCCAUCGGUGCAAAAGGUUUUCUCCAUGAUCUUGCAACAAGAAAGAGAAUUCCAUGGUACCAACGAUAAUCAGGUAUUGGCAGUGACUUCUAAUAAUGAAAGGAACAACUAUAAAGGAUCCAAAACAUUUAAAAGAAAUAAAGACUACAACACAAAGGUAUGUUCCCAUUGUGGGAGGAUUGGUCACCUAGUUGAUUCAUGUUAUAAGAAACAUGGUCCUCCACUACAACACAAGCAUGGCAGAAUUGUGAACCAGUACCAAUCUGUUUCUGAUGAGGAUACUGAUGAUGAUCAAUCUGUCCACUCUCAGAGAGUAGUCUCCCAUAAUUCAGGGAACAUGUUUACUCCAGAACAACAUCAAGCCCUUCUAGCCCUUCUUCAACAAUCAGGUAGCACAUCCAGUCACUCUGUGAAUCAACUUGCAGGUCCUUCUAUCCUUUCUUCUCCAAAGCCACCAGAUUCAAGCAAAUCACUCCAUGAGGAUGAUUGGUGCAGCUGAGUUGCGGGCAGGAUUGUAUGCAAUGGUUUCCUCACCUGAGUCAAAUGUUGUUCAUCACUGUACAAGUCAUUUUUUUACUUACCAAUCAGAUUUAUGGCAUUUGAGAUUAGGACAUUUAUCACAUGACAAACUUUCUGCUCUCAAGGGAUCUUAUCCUGAAAUUCAAUGCAAUAAAAUUUCUUUGCCUUGUGAAAUUUGUCAUCUUGCUAAGCACAAAAGAUUACCUUUUCCAGAUAGCUUAACCAAAUCUGAAAAUGUGUUUGAUUUAAUUCAUGUAGACA